AUGGGAGAUUGCAAGGAGCGUUGUUUUUCCAGCGUGACUGACACUGUUAACUGCCUUUUUAGCAGCUGCAUUCCUACCGUUGAGCGCGAGGAGGCUCCCAGUUCGUAUACGGGCCUGCACGAUACUGCGUACCGAAAGGAGGAGCUUAAGCAGCUGGUCGGCAUUUUCGCCUCUCGAGCACAGCGGUACCUGGCGUGUACCCGCGUCGACAUCGCCAAGGGGGAGUUCAAGAAAGCUCGUUACAAGAUGGAUUGCCGCCUGCGGACGCUGCGAGUGGAAAGCGACGAGGCUCCGGUUGAGAUAUCGCUAUCGAAGGUGAAGGCGGUUUAUGGCUACGAGGACCUGCAGCUGCUGGAUUCCUACGAAUCUUUUUUGAACCAAGAGAUUAUACAAAACCUGGGCUCUGAAGAGCGUGAUCGCCUAUCCGUCAUUGUGUACACUACCGAGAGCGGCGCCGACGCCCAGCUUGUUCUCAUGGAGCACGAGAUCGAGACCAGCGACGCUUUCAUCACCGUGCUUCGUAUUUUGCAAAUGCAUGCCCAGGGAAAGCAGUGA